UGGAGGUUGUGGGUGAGUGCUGACGGGCCCGAGCUCUGGCUCUAGUUUAGCUCUGGCUUUGGCACUGACUUGGGGUCUGGGCUGGCAGCCUGAAGCCUGGACACCUUUUGUCAGCUCUCCGGGCGGGGACAGCCUGAAUACAAGCAGCUGGUUUGGAGCGCUUCAACGUGGGGACGGAGUUCUCUUGCUUGGGGUCCAGCCUGUAAAGCCGCCGCCUCCUCCCAGCGAUCCCGCCCCACCGGCCGGGCCUCCUCCAUGCAGUUGAAACAGGUUGACAGCCAUUAACCUGGGUUGCAACUACAGGUGGCACUGGAAGCAGAUUGGUUCCUGGACAUGCCCGGUGGAAGGAGGGGCCCUAGUCGGCAGCAGCUAAGCCGUUCAGCUUUACCUUCUUUACAGACUUUGGUUGGUGGGGGCUGUGGCAAUGGAACAGGCUUGAGAAACAGGAAUGGUAGUGCUAUUGGCCUUCCGGUCCCACCUAUCACAGCCUUAAUCACCCCAGGUCCUGUUCGUCAUUGCCAAAUUCCUGACUUGCCUGUGGAUGGGAGCCUGCUCUUUGAAUUUCUUUUUUUCAUCUACCUGUUGGUUGCUCUGUUCAUUCAGUAUAUCAAUAUCUAUAAAACUGUAUGGUGGUAUCCUUACAAUCAUCCUGCUUCUUGUACUUCACUGAAUUUUCAUCUCAUUGACUAUCACCUGGCAGCAUUCAUCACAGUGAUGCUUGCAAGGCGUCUUGUAUGGGCCCUCAUCUCAGAGGCCACUAAGGUGGGUGCAGCAUCUAUGAUUCACUACAUGGUUCUGAUAUCAGCUCGCUUGGUGCUACUCACGUUGUGUGGAUGGGUGCUUUGUUGGACUCUCGUCAAUCUCUUUCGAAGCCAUUCAGUCCUUAAUCUCCUUUUCCUUGGCUACCCGUUUGGUGUUUAUGUUCCUCUCUGCUGUUUCCACCAAGAUAGUAGAGCUCAUCUUCUUCUCACAGACUAUAACUAUGUGGUUCAGCACCAGGCGGUAGAGGAAAGUGCCUCAACUGUGGGUGGCUUGGCCAAAUCCAAAGACUUUCUCUCCUUAUUGCUGGAGUCUCUAAAAGAACAGUUUAAUAAUGCCACACCCAUCCCCACCCACAGCUGCCCCCUGUCUCCAGACCUCAUUCGCAAUGAAGUAGAAUGUCUGAAAGCAGAUUUCAACCACAGAAUCAAGGAAGUUCUCUUCAACUCCCUCUUCAGUGCCUACUAUGUUGCGUUUCUCCCCCUGUGUUUUGUAAAGAGUACCCAGUACUAUGAUAUGCGCUGGUCAUGCGAGCACCUCAUUAUGGUAUGGAUCAAUGCUUUUGUCAUGCUCACCACGCAACUGCUGCCAUCCAAAUACUGCGAUUUGCUACAUAAAUCAGCUGCUCACCUGGGCAAGUGGCAGAAGCUCGAACAUGGGUCCUACAGCAAUGCUCCACAGCACAUUUGGUCAGAAAAUACAAUAUGGCCUCAAGGGGUGCUGGUGCGACACAGCAGAUGUUUAUAUAGAGCCAUGGGGCCUUACAACGUGGCAGUUCCUUCAGACGUAUCCCAUGCCCGCUUUUAUUUCCUAUUUCAUCGUCCAUUAAGGCUGUUAAAUCUGCUUAUCCUUAUUGAGGGCAGUGUCGUCUUCUAUCAGCUCUAUUCUUUGCUGCGGUCGGAGAAGUGGAACCACACACUUUCCAUGGCUCUCAUCCUCUUCUGCAACUACUAUGUUUUAUUUAAGCUCCUUCGGGACAGAAUAGUGUUAGGCAGGGCAUACUCCUACCCACUCAACAGUUAUGAACUUAAGGCAAACUAAGCUGCCUCUCAACAAUGAGGGAGAAUUCAGAUAAAAAUAUUUUCAUACAUUUUAUUUUUUUCUUGCAAUUUUUAUAAAUAUUUAAGAUAUUUUAUAUUUUGUAUACUAUUAUGUUUUGAAAGUUGGGAAGGGUAAAGGAUAUUAAAUGUAUCCAUAAACAAGGUGAUGUGAUCUUUCAUGUGUUAGUGUAUUUGAAAAAUAUACAUAUGAGAGGUAUGCCUCUCCAGUAAAGAGACUGAUUUGCAUGUAUGGCUCUGGAAUAACUCAGUCAUUUAUGAACACAUCUCAUAUAUCACUUGACACGGUACCUUUGGUGUAUGUGCUUUACUUCCAGUCCUUCUCAUUAUCUAAGUCCUCAGCUGGCCAGUAAUUACUGUUGCAGAAAGGGAGAUGAGUGGAAUUGCCUGGCAGCACCCAUCCUCUUUUAAUUCAGCUGGCUAAUGGUGUUGGGAUACAUAGGGGAAAGAGUGUGUUAGAGUCCUAGGUGGGCUUCUCUUUGUUGCCUACUGGGAGGAAGCAUUUCUGAGAUGGGGACUCAGCUGGUCUGUUCUACCCUGUUACAUUUAAAUAUACUUUUGCUAAGCUACUAUCCUGAGAUUCGAGGUUUUACUGUCACUUUUCCUGUUCUUUUAUUUCUUUUGCUUCCAAAUAUUUUCUUUUUACUCUUAGUUUGAAAUAAUACUUUCAAGAUAGAAAGUCUUUAGAGUGCCCACUCUCAUGAAGGAGAUGGUGUGUGUGGUUGGAUCAGUGGGAGAGGAUGAGUACAAAUGCCAUGUGGGCUAGAGUAUGGGCAGGUUGAAAAUCCAAGUAACUGGAAGUAUGGGCAAGUCCUCAGCUGAACAGUCUUCGAUGCAGCCUAGCAGCAGCUCACCUGCAAUAUUAUGUUUGGAGUUAUGGGAGGAAGUAAAAUAUAGGAAGUUACCACUUUGUCCUCAGAGAGUUUGAUCUAUAUCUAAAAUGUGUGUUUUAAAUUUCAUACUCUAAACCUUCAUGUUUAUGACCAUUAACCCUUUAAAUGAUCUCUCAGGUCCUUGAGAGGUGAUAUACUUAGUUCAUUGAUGUUG